AGGAGUCGAUAUGCUGUAAAUAGCUCUGGUGACACCACGGAAGAUCAAGAUGGGGACUCCAGAGACCAAUGUCCUCUAACUGAUGAGCAAUUGGUUUCGGGGUUUUCAGAUGUCAUCCUGGCAACAAUUUUGGCUACCAAGUCAGAUAUGUGUGGGAAAAAGUUUGAACUGAAGAUUGAUAACGUUCGCUUUGUUGGCCAUCCCACGUUGCUUCAGCAUGCCCUCGGGCAGGUAUCCAAAACGGAUCCCUCACCAAAAAGAGAGAUGCCCACUAUGAUUCUCUUCAACGUGGUGUUUGCACUAAGGGCCAAUGCAGAUCCAUCCGUGAUAAACUGCUUACACAACCUCUCCCGAAGAAUCGCUAUAGUCUUGCAGCACGAGGAGCGCCGCUGCCAAUACCUGACCAGGGAGGCCAAGCUGAUCUUAGCUAUUCAGGAUGAAGUGUCUGCCAUGUCAGAAACCACAGAAGGGCCACAGUCACCUUUUCAUCACAUCCUACCCAAGUGCAAACUGGCCAGAGAUCUCAAAGAGACAUAUGACAGUCUCUGCACAACAGGGGUGGUCCGUUUACAUAUCAACAACUGGCUGGAAGUGAGUUUCUGCCUGCCUCAUAAAAUCCAUUAUGUUGCCACAAACUUUAUACCCCCUGAAGCAAUUGAGAGAAGCCUGAAAUCCAUCAGGCCGUACCAUGCCUUAUUACUUUUAAAUGAUGAGAAGUCAUUGCUUAAUGAGCUCCCGUUGGACUGCUCUCCUGCCCUGGUGAGAGUAAUUAAAACUACCUCUGCUGUGAAGAAUUUGCAGCAACUGGCUCAAGAUGCUGACUUGGCAUUGCUGCAGGUUUUCCAGCUUGCUGCACAUCUUGUUUACUGGGGAAAAGCAAUUAUUAUUUAUCCGCUGUGUGAAAACAACGUCUACAUGCUUUCUCCAAAUGCCAGUGUCUGUCUUUAUUCUCCAUUAGCAGAUGCAUUUUCUUGUCAGUUCCGGGGCCACAACCUGCCGUCGAUGCUUUCCAAGUUCUCCCUCCCAGUGUCACUCUCAGAGUUCAAGAAUCCACUCGCACCGCCCGUUCAGGAGACUCAGCUCAUCCAAAUGGUGAUAUGGAUGCUCCAACACCGGCUUCUUAUUCAGCUUCACACUUACGUCUGUCUGAUGGUGCCACCAAAUGAGGAGGAUUUCCGAGCCCAAGACGAAGACAUGCCCUUCACUGCCAGAGUUGGAGGCCGAAGUUUAAGCACCCCCAAUGCUCUCAGCUUUGGUUCUCCAACUAGCAGUGAUGACAUGACUCUGACAAGCCCUAGCAUGGAUAAUUCCAGUGCCGAGUUGAUACCUGGUGGGGACUCACCCCUAAAUAAAAGGAUGACAGAGAAUCUCCUAGCAAGCUUGUUGGAACAUGAGCGGGAAGCUAUCCUUAAUGUCCCUGCUGCCCAAAAUCCAGAAGAUCUUCGCAUGUUUGCAAGGCUGCUACACUAUUUCCGAGGCCGACACCAUUUGGAGGAGAUCAUGUACAACGAGAACAUGCGUCGCUCCCAGCUGCUGAUGCUGUUUGACAAAUUCCGCAGCGUGCUGGUGGUGACCAGCCACGAGGACCCUGUGAUUUCAGUUUUUCAGUCCCUCUUAAAAUGACUCUACUGACAAAGGAAGGGAAACUGCCAC